AUGAAAGACGUGACGCAUCAUACCACCAAGCACAGCGCCUACGCCUCUUUCGAAGAGGACACCAAGGGCUCCAUCGAGGUUGGAAAGCUGGCCGACCUGGUCGUGCUGGGUGCCGAUCCCACCCAGGUUGACCCGAUGACCAUCAAGGACAUCACGGUAGAGCGGACGAUAGUCGGUGGCAAUACGGCGUACGAGGCCUAG